AUGACAUUCUGUUCUCACUUAAAAGAAAUUGCAAGACAAGGCAUAUGGGCUUCAUUAACUGGCGGAUGGUACUAUGAACCAACUUAUACUAUUUUUUGCAACACAGUACAUUUGUAUAUUUGGCUGCUCCUCUUUCUGUUCCCUUUGAUCUUGGGUUUUUUAUGUUCAUCGAAAUUUUCGGUCGCCUUCAUUAGUAUUUAUACGGGUAUUGUAACAGUUUUAUUUCUAUGCCUCAAACUAGUCGUUCUUUAUUUGCAUAACCUGUUUGAUACGUCCGAACCAAUAUGUGUACUAAGUAAAAAGUCGGAACAGACAUGCGUUUGGUUAUCGAACACCCUCGCGUUCUUAUAUGGUUUUUUUGUUAGGAUGCGACUACUUAACUUUGUUGAAACUUCUGUGCAUUACAACCAUAAUAUUACCUUCAAUUUAGAUUUUUCUCCAAUUUUUCACACAUACUGUUGCCACAUCUUAUUUUCCUUUUUGUUUCCUCAUUAUCAAACUGAAAUAAUGCUGGAUGAUUUAGGGAUUUCUUCGGAUUUAAAAGUGUCAAAAAUGACGAAGUUUCUAGAAGAGCUUAUUGACAGGCAUCCAGAAACAUUAGAAGCAAUUGAAAGCGUAAGAAUGAGUCGCCUUGGAAGAGCGUACAGUUCUUGCCUAGGGUCCUCACAGCCUUUAACGCCGCAGUCACGUGCAUUGAUAUUUCUCUUUUUGAUAAACAGGUUGCCUGAGCAUGGAGCAAUAUCUGUGGCUGCUCUUUCUGAAUUUGCUAAGAAGGAUGGAACUCAUGUAGCUUUAGACCACGAAGAUACUUCUCAGGGGGCCAUUCAUUGUUUUCAGGUAACCAAUCGAUUGUCUGUUGCGGCCUUGUUUGACAGAAAUAAUUCGUUGUUUUCAUCUUUAUUUGAUGUCACUUUUGCUGCUGUUUUGUCUAUAUUAGCUGGAGUACUCUUAUCCCGAUCUUUGUUUCAUGAUUUUUCUCUCUUUGGUUUCGCGGGUGUGGUUGCUGGCGCUCAGUUUUCACUUCUGAAGAGCGUGCAACCUGACGCUGCUUCUCCUAUACAUGGGUUUAAUUGGCUUGCAGCUUAUUCGCGGCCAACAUUUUUUUGUAUAUAUGGCAUAUUAUUGUUAAUAAUAGAUAUUCUUUGUCACCAUUUCAAUGUUGAAUACCAAGCUGUUGGUUGGAUAUGGAAUUCUUGUUACUCGAAGAUCUUAUUUUUGCAAACCGUGACACUUUUACUACGGGAUGUUUUUACUGUAUUGUUAUUGCUCCUGCCAAUCGCUUUCACAGUUGGUUUGUAUCCGCAGGUUAAUACCUUACUUCUUCAUUUAAUGGAGCAAAUUGAAAUGUAUGCGUUUGGUGGCACAGCUUGUUUUUCCCUUAUCUCUGCAUUUCUACAGCUUGGCAAAAGCAUUGUUUCUUACGCGGCAUUAGCUAUUUUGGCACAAAUUGCAUACAAGUCGGACCCGAAAGGUACUCAGAACGUCUUUUUUGCAAUAUUUGCUGCGGCUGUUGCAUCUUUGUCUUGGUUGCUGUCGAGGUUAGUUUUUUACUCUAGGUCUGCUAGCAGUGAAGAUGAAAAAAGCAGCCAGUCCCCGUUACCUCUUAAGGAUCCUCUUCCUUCAGUACUUAGGAAUGUUGUUUCACGAAGACUUCGAGUCGAUAUUUGUGUUGCUAUUUUAGCUUUCCUGUUGCUGUUUGCUCUUCACUGUUCGUCUGUUUUCAAAGCGGACAUGAACCAUGCAGAUGAAGUUUUUCAGAUUUGUCUUUGUAUACAAUGUAUACUGAUUGGAGUUUUCAAUCAUUAUUUGUACAAUCAGAUGCGUCGGACUUACCCGUGGAAAUUUUUUUCUAAACCUAUCUUACGAGCGUAUGAGUACUCUCUAUUCGAAGCUGUGGAUGGGGCAAAAUUGAUGCCCUUCGAGAUUAUUCAUUUUUAUUGCCUUAUUUUAGAAAAGAGCGUACUUUACCCCCUAUUUGUUGUCAGUACAAUUUCGAUAAACAACUGGAGCUUGCCUCCUUGGUUCUUGGCUUUAUUUGCAAUGCGCGUAUUACGUACCGCUUUUUGUCAGCCGCAAAUGUUGUAUAUUCCUCUCGCCUUUUCAUAUCUAAUUUUGUACUCUGACCUAUCAGCGUAUAAAAAUAUUGAAAACUUCUUCCCUUUAAUUCUUUAUGUGGCAACGACUCUUUGGCCUAAAGUUGUAGAGUUAUACCAGAAGAUGAGUUUUAUUGCUAUUUACACUGCACCGUGGCAGAUCAGCUGGGGUUCAGCAUUUCACGCUUUCGCGCAGCCAUUCAGUCUUCCACACACCGCCCUUGUAAUCUUUCAAACAGUUUUAUCUUCAGUCUUAUCUGCACCUAUAAACCCUUUUUUAGGGUCUUCAUUUGUGCUAAUGUCAUAUGUCCGUCCAGUGAAAUUUUGGGAAAAAGAUUAUAACACGAAACGAAUAGAUCAUUCAAAUACAAGGCUUAUUUCUCAGAUUAAUCGCGGCCCAAUGCUUGAUGACAGCAAUUUGAAUGCUGUCUUUUACGAACAUCUGACACGUUCUUUGCAAACUUCCCUGGCUGGGGACCUAAGUUUAGGUCGGUGGUGUACUUCUGUUGUCCCUGGUGAUUGCUUUAUAUUAGCGAGUUAUUACUUAAACUGUAUGGUUCACAUUAUUGAAGUAGGAAAUGGCUUUGUAACCUUUCAAGUGCGCGGCUUAGAGUUCCGGGGAACGUACUGCCACCAACGCGAGGUAGAGGCAAUCACUGAAGAUGUCAAUGACGGAAACGGUUGUUGCUGCUGCUCUUGUAGUUCUUUACCUGGUUUGCUUUCGUUCAAUACGGCUUGGCUUUUAAGAUGGUUGUCAUGGGAAAUAGUGACUACCAAAUACAUUAUUGAUGGUUAUUCAAUCACUGACAAUUCUGCUGUUAACCUCCUCCAGGUUCAUGAUUUGCGACGUCUCUUAGUAACUUUGUAUGUAAAAUGCAUUAUCUACUACGCCUUAUCGUCUCAGAAACUCGGGGAGUGGUUACGUGCGCCUGUUGUGGUGGCGCUUUCUGCUAUUGAAGCAAAAUUAAGUUACGUUGACGUUGAUCCUGCUUUUUGUGCUGCAAAUGAUGAAGACUUUGACAUCAAUCAGCUGGGCGUUUCGCGGCACAAUUUUAUUGUUCUUUACGAUCCAUGGAUCAAACAUUGCUUACGUAGGAGAGCUGAGGAAAAUGGGAUACGCAGAAUUUCUGUGUUUUGCUUUGCAUUGUCGUUGGUUGGACGCCGAGCACUUGCUAGUGCAUCUCAUAAUCGUCAUGCAAACGCUGCCGAAUCGUUUUUAUAUGGUUUACAUGCACUUUUUAAAGGCGACUUCAGGAUUACUAGUCAACGUGACGAAUGGGUUUUUGUUGAUAUGGAUCUUCUGAGGAAUGUGCUUUCGCCAGCUGUUCGUAUGGCUUUGAAAUUGCAUCAGGAUCAUUUUGCUGCAGAUGAUGACUUUGAUGAUCCUAGUCUACUUUACAACCGUAUUAAUGAACACCUCCCGCGGCUCUUUAUUUCUCACGAGGAUGAUCCCGACUGGAGACGUGCAAUAAUAGCAAACACACCCUCUUUAUUAGCAUUGCGACACAUGUUUGAUGACGGUCAGGACGAUUAUAAAAUUAUUAUGCUUAACAAAAUGCAUCUGAAUUUAAGGGUUAUUAAACUGAAUAAAGAAUGCGUUAGAGCUUUUUGGGCAGGGCAGCAGCAAGAACUGAUAUUUUUAAGGAAUCGGAAUCCAGAGAGAGGUUCUAUACAGAAUGCUCGACAAGUUUUGAGGAAUAUGAUUAACAGCAGCGCAGAUCAGCCAAUUGGAUAUCCAAUAUACGUAUCCCCAUUAACAACAUCUUACGUGAACACGCAUCCACAAGUUCAAAAACUAACUGGACCCUCUAUUACUGCAGACCGUAUAUUUCAGAAUCUUCACUCUCUUUGGGUUACAUUUAGAUCUCAUAUUGGAAGUAACAGAAGCACUAAUAUGCAAUCAUUCAAUCAGGUCUGGAUCAGCACUGUUUUUUUUUUGAAACAUCUUAUCAAUUUACAGCUCUUUGGAACGUCAGUAAACCUUGAAGAUAGUGUUGUGACUUUGCGUUCUAAUGGGACAUCUAAAGUGAUUCUUUGUCGUCAUGUAGGAGCUUGUGACAGCGUUGGACUGAGUUUAGAAAGCGUACCACGUUCUUCACCUUCAAGAAUAUAUAGUAAAAUUAUAGACCCUCCGCAGGUUUCCAUUUGA